CCAACAUUCGUAAAUGCAAUCAGCAAUGAUGGCUUCCGAGGUUCGAAAAAAGCAGUAAAAAAGGGGGGUGAUUUUUAGAAAAUUCAUCGUAAUAAAAUAAUAAAAGAGCGUUCGCGGCCUCGUGCGGGGGCGUACGUACAGUACGUCCAGUAUAUGCGUGUAGGAGUCGCGUGUGCGUUGCGCGCGUCGCUCUACGCUACACCCGUUCAUUGAUCAGAGCUCGGCAGGAAAGUAGAGUGCAAGAGUGGAGCGCGGACGACAUCUUCAGUGCCCGUGAGUGACAUGUCAUGAGAUGUCCCGAGACGCGUACGUGGGGGGCAGCCGGUCCCCGCGGGGCGUGAGACUGCCCACCGUGGACCGGUCCCCCAGCCGAGUGUACCCCGGCGGCAGCCCCCUGGGCCGCAAGCCGCUGCGGCAGACUCGCUCCGGUAACAACUCCCCGGAGCACUACUACCACCACUCGCCGUAUUACCGCGACGAGGACCUCGGCAGCCCCAUGCUGGAGGAGCGCGGCCGGCCCGUGACCGUGGGCCCCGGCCACCACCGGUCGCGGAGCGCCACCCGGCCCGCCAACCCCAUGUCGGUGCGGUACCAGUCGCUGGACCGCGGGCCCACGGUCGACCAUGAGCGCGAGUUCCUGCCCAUCAGGGACCGGAGGGACAGGUCCCUGGACCGCGGCCUCUACUUCGACGACGAGCCGUACAGCACCAGGUCGGCGAGGCAGUCGCCCACCUCGCACCAGCCCUUCAUCGGGGAGCUGCAGCACCAGAACUCGGACCUCCAGAGGGAACUCGGCAACCUCAAGAAGGAACUCGAACUCACGAAUCAAAAACUCGGUUCAUCCAUGCAUUCCAUUAAAACCUUCUGGAGUCCGGAGCUGAAGAAGGAACGGGCGCUGAGAAAAGAGGAAUCCGCCAAGUACAGCCUCAUCAACGACCAGCUCAAAUUACUCAGCAGUGAAAAUCAGAAACAAGCCAUGUUAGUACGCCAGCUAGAAGAAGAACUGCGGAUGCGAAUGCGAGGUCCUAGCAUAGAAAUGCAACAACAAAUGGAAGCCUUGUAUCAAGAGAACGAACACUUAACUAGGGAAAUAGCUAUAUUGAGAGAUACAAUAAAGGAACUGGAACUUCGCAUCGAGACACAAAAGCAAACUCUACAAGCCCGCGACGAGAGCAUCAAGAAACUUCUGGAGAUGCUCCAAAAUAAGGGCAUGGGUAAAGAGGAGGAGAGGCAAAUGUUCCAGCAAAUGCAAGCCAUGGCCCAAAAGCAGGAGCUGCAAGCCGCCAAUGAGACGUUACGCGUGCUGCAAUCGCAGCUGGAGCUGGUGCCCUCGCCCUCCAGCAGCACGGUCAGGGUGCUCCUGGAUACGAAAGACGCUAGAAUAGCGACUCUGGAGCGCGAGGUCAGCCUGCUGGAAAGCGAGGUGGAACGGCUGGGCGGGGGCACCCAACCUCCCCUACCGUCGAGUACCGCGGACAUUCCACAGGCUCUUCCAUUUAAGCGACAAUUGGACGAGUUCCGGGUGGAGAUCCAGCGACGCGACCAGGAGAUCCUCGCCAUGGGCGCCAAAAUGAAGACACUGGAGGAACAACACCAAGACUAUCAACGUCACAUAGCUGUCCUCAAAGAAUCACUAUGCGCCAAAGAAGAACACUACAACAUGCUUCAAACCGAUGUCGAGGAACUCCGUCAGCGGCUAGAAGAAAAAAACCGACACAUCGAAAAGAAAACCCAACAGCAGCAGCAAGAACGCGCUCGGGCCGCCGCCGAAAUUGCAGAAUUACGAGAACAUAUGGACAUCAAAGAUCGCAAAAUAAACGUCCUUCAAAGAAAGGUUGAGAAUUUAGAAGAUCUACUCAAAGAAAAAGAUAACCAAGUCGACAUGGCAAGAGCUAGAUUAUCGGCUAUGCAGGCACAUCAUUGUUCUUCUGAAGGUGCAUUGUCCACUUUGGAAGAAGCAAUCGGUGAUAAAGAAAAACAAAUGAAUCAGUUGCGCGAACAAAGAGAUCGAGCAGAGCAAGAAAAGCAAGAAGAGCGCGAACUGCACGAACGCGAAAUAGCUGAAUACAAAAUGAAAAUACAUGCACUGAAUAGUGAAGUAGAGAAGCUCACUGCUCGCUUGGAACGAGCUCAAAACGACCGAGAUCGCCUUGAAUCAAAACUGGAGAGUUCCCAGUCGGAAUUGGGUAAAUCCAAAGCAGAACUGGACAAGGCCACGAUAGAAGUGGGUCGCAGUGGCGCCGACUGGGAGCAAGCCAGACAAAGGCUCGCCAGACUGGAGCUGGAAAAUGAACGACUCCGACAGGAUAACGAACGCCUGAGGCAAGACGUAGAGCGUACUCAGACAACCUUCGGGCGAAACACCUUCAGCAGCACCCACGAACUGGACAGGGCUCAAGAACGCGUUGACAAAACUUCUUCCGACCUAAGAAGGUGUCAAGCUGAAUUAAGGGUGACGCAAGCCGACGCUGAAAGGGCUCGCACCGAAGCAACCGCGCUACAGGAAAAAUUAGAAAAGUCGCAGGGGGAAGUGUACCGCCUCAAGGCACGCCUAGAGAAUUCACAUCAAGAACAAGACAGCCUUCGAGAAGAGCUAGAGAGGGCCCAAUCUACUACCGCCAGAUUGCACGCGGACAAGGACAAAGCGUAUGCAGAGCUGGAGAAAGCUCGGGAAGAAUUGGAGCGUCUGCAGGCGACCUUGGGAAAGGCCAAUUUACAGCAAGACAAGUUACAGAACGCUCUGGACAAAGCACAGACAGAAGUGGACAAGUUGCAAGAAAAACUAGACAAGUCAGUUGGGGAGACCAGAAGAAUACAACUGGAGAAAGAAAAAUUAGGAUACGACUUAGAGAACAUCCAGUCGCAAUUGGACAAGGCACUAGGCCAAUCUGCUCGUAUUCAGAAAGAAAGGGAAACCGCACAGUUAGAAGCAGAUCGUCUUAGAGAAAAAUAUGAUAAAUGUCAGCUGGCUGUCACACGUCUGCAAAAAGAAAAGGAUACGUAUCAAGAUGAAUGCGACAAGCUUAAAGAAAAAGUCGAAAUCCAAUUAAACCAAAUUAGUAAAGCGCAAAGAGAAAAAGCUGACAUUGAACACGAACUAGAUGUUAUUAAAGAAAGAUGGGAAAAAGGACACAUGCAACAACAAAAACUACAAAUAGAACGAGACGAUGCCUACACGGAAAUAGACAUUUUGAAAGAAAAAUUAGAAAAGGCAAUAUAUGCCUCCCAAAAAGCAAUAGAUGACAGAGAAAAUAUGCAUAAAGAAUUUGAGAAAGUUCUAGAAAAAUACGAUAGAUCCCAAAGUGAACUUUAUAGACUCCAAAACAAAUUAGAUACAGUCCAAGCUGAUAAAGAUCGAUUCGAAUUAGAAGUAGAAAAACAACAAUUACUAGCAACGAAAGCGAGGGAAGAGCAGCGAAAGGUUCAAGAAGAACUACAAAGAACACAAGAAAUGUACGAUCGAGCGUCUAUUCAACUUAGCCGAACGAAAGAAUUGGAAGAAAAAUCGAAAGAAGAAUUAGAACGUUUAGGUUUAGAGAUGGAAAUGAUCCGCGAGAGAUAUGAAAAAGCGCAAAUGGAAAUUAGGAGACUUCAAAGCGAUAAGGACAAAUUCCAAUCAGAUAACGAAAGACUUCAAUACGAAGUUGAACGCGCACACGCACAAAGCGGAAAAGCACAAGCGAGUUAUGAAAAGAGCCAAGAAGAGAUCGCAAGGUUGCAAGUUGAAGUCGAAAAAGCUCACGACAAACACGACAAACUACAAAAUGAAUUCCGUAAAAUCGUUGCCGAAUAUGACGCUUUGCGAGAGAGUAACGCAGGUCCGACAAGUAGAUACUCCAAAUAUGACAGAGACGAUAGAACAAGAGAGGAAAAUGACAGAUUGCGUGCAGAGGUUGAAAGGUUGAGAGAGCGAUUAGACAAAACUUUGACUGAUUUAGACAGAUCGAGAAAAGACUUGGCUCUAGCCGAGAGUACACGAGGUAAAUACAGCUACGAACAAGAAAAGGAAAGAAGUGCGGAAUUAGAUAGACUUAGAGAGGAAAUGCAAAGAACUCUAAGCAGUAAUGGACAGCUCGAAACUAAAUUGCACGAAGUUACGAUGCAACUCGACUUGGCACGACAAGAAGUUGCUAAAGUUUCCGGCGGACAAGACAAACAGCGACAUGAAUUAGAACGUGCUGUUAUUGAAUGUGAAAAACUAAGGGAUAGGCACGACAAACUUAAGGCACAAAUUGAGAAAUACGAAAAAGAAAACGAAAAAUUACGCCUCGAAUUGGCUCAAGCAGAACGUCGUCAGACACUUGCAGCAGAUAAAGUCCGCAACGACGAGCGACUAGAAAUUGAACGCCUUAAAGAGAAAUUAGAAAAAGCAAUUCAAGCUAGAGAUGCCACUGAAUUAGAGGCUGGUCGAUUAGCUCAAGAACUAGAAAAGUCACAGAUGCACCUCGCCAAAGCUUUGGAAACUAACGAAGCAACCAAAAUCGAAUUUGAACGGAUGGCAAACGAACUGGCACGGAUGCAUGAGAGGAUCGAACGAGAUAAAUUGGAUUGGAAAACAAUGGAACAAGAACGUGAUGUUUUACGGGCAGAAUUGCAACAAGUUAGAAGUGGCCUUGAUACACAAAGAAGAACAAUGGACCACAGGACACAAGAAACGAUAGUUAAACUUCAGCAAGAACUGGCUCAAGCAUCUAGAGAAAGAGAAAAAAUGGCUUCGAUGUUAGAUAAACAAGGCCGACAAGGUGACUCAAUCGAAAAACAGAUAAUUAAAUAUGAAGCAGACAUAAAACAACUAACGAUGGAAAGAGACCAACUAGUCAUACAAUUAGAAAAGUCACAAGAUAUGUUGAUGAACUUCCAACAAGAACUUAAUCAAAGUGAGGCUGAGCUAGAAAAGCACAAAGCAGAAGUUGCUCGAUUAAAGGCAGAACAAAAGAAAAUGUCCCAAGACAUGGAACGUGGAACGAAAGAUAUUCUCGAAAACAGAGACAAAGAAAUCUCAAAACUCCAACAACAGCUGGUGGCUGUACAAAAAGAAAGAGAUACUCACAAACAACGAGCAGAAAAGGCUGAAAAAAGAUUACAAGAGUCCGGCGCACGAGGCGAUUCUGAGCUUGAGCAGUGGCGAAAGGUGGUCGAACAAGAAACUAACCGAGCUGAUCAAGCUGAGAAAGCUGCUCAGGACCUACAGAAACGUAUUCAAGUUAUGGAAAAACAACUUCAACAGCAAUUACAACAAAUGGCCCAAUAUCAAAAAGAAAAAGGUAUUCAACUUCCGUCACAUGACGAUAAAGAGAUGGCUAGGUUAAGAAAAGAUCUGGAUAAAGCAAUGGCUGAAAUUAAAAACAGCACUACCGAGAAGGAACGUUUGCAAUCACAACUCGAAAUGCUUGUGCAGGAAUUAGAACGAAAUCAGCUUGAAUUACACGAAACUACUAAAAAACUGCAGAGUGUUGGUGUACAAAAAGCACCUGAAGAUGUAUCCGCACAAAAACGACAACUUGAUGAAGAGAGGAAACGCUUUGAAGAAUAUAGGAAACAAGUAGAAGACCAAAGAAAAGCCGUAGAUAGCAAACAAAGGCAAAUUGAAGAAAAAGAAAGAGCAUUGACUGAACUAGACAAAGAAUUAAAGAAGAGGAAAGAACAAAUGGACCAAUUAGAAAUUUCUUUACAAAAAGCUGGUGGAAGUGCGGCCGCUGCUGGAGAAUUAAACAAAAAAUUGACAGAAGCCGAAAAGAAUUUAGAAAAAGCUCAGGAAGAAGCAAAGAGAUCCGCUGCAGAAAUGGAACGACUGUUGCAGCUAGUUCAAAUGAGUCAAGAAGAACAAAAUACAAAAGAAAAACAAAUAAUGGACUUACAACAGGCACUGAAGACUGCACAGGCGAAACUAAAAAGCCAACAACAAGUGAAUGCACAAUUAGAAGAACAAAGAAAAAAAGAGGAGGUAAAUAAAGACGAGGGUCUUGUAAUUUUCGAUUUGCAAGAAAAAAGUGCUGAAACGGAUAUCAAAGAAGAACUAUCUUCGAAACAAGAAUACAUAAUUGAGCUGGAAAAUACGUUGGAUUCGUACGAGCAAGCAAUGGAAGAAUAUAAAAACGAGAUAAAAAUACUAGAAACAAAAUUAGAAAACAAAGAAUCUGUAAUUAACGAUCUUCACAGGAGUUGCAUCAAAGCAGAUGACGCUAGACGACUUCAAAAGGAAAUUGACCAAAAAUCAAAUAUUAUAUUGCAACUCAAGCAACAGUUGAAAGAAUUACCUGAAAAAUCAUAUCCAGACAAUGAAGAUUUCGAAGAACUCGUAAGAGUAACCGAAACCAAAGAUAUGAGAAUUAGCGAAUUAGAAGACGCACUCAGGGAAAGUAUGACGAUUUCUACCAGGAGAGAAGCAGUUUUACACCAGGAGGAGUCUAAAAGAAAGCAAAUUUUACAAAAGGUAACAAAACUAGAACAGAGACUGUUGUCAUUACAAGCUGCUCAAGCAAUGCGUUGUCAUUCCUGUCGUCCGUAUGUCUGUCGGAUGACAACACUUGAAUCAAAACUCUCACAGCUUAUUGCCGAACGAAAACAGCAUUUGCAAGAACUUGCCCAAAUGAAGAGAGAAGCACUGGAAUCUGCAAUUAGUGAAAAAGAUGCCCAUUUAGCUUUACUGGAGAUGACAGGUAUACGAAGUGCAAGACAAGCUGAUGAAGCUGAUCGUCUUCGAAUGGAUAAGCGAAGAUUGGUUGAACGACUUAAAAAAGAGACUGAGUUGAGUGUGUCAUUAAAUGAGACAGACGAAGACGAAAGAUCAUUUUAUUGCUUAUACGAAGAAGAAGACGAAGAUGAAGACGAAAAAGAAGCUCAAGAAGAUUCCCUUGAUACUACGUGAACUCGAACCAAAUUACCAAUGAUUCCAAUGAUCUCAGCAAUAAGGAGUAUUUUAUAGGCAUCCGUUAUCAGGUUGCCGUCAUUAUUACAGAAGCACUGCCUGUAAAAUUGUAUUAAGUACCACACAAACAUUGUGAAUGUGUUAGUUUAUUAUUGUUACCUGUUCGAGUUUAGAUAUGACAAUAAUUAUUGGAAUGGGGCAGAAUUGUUUUCGGUAGUUCGGUUGUGUUAAUGAAACAUCAGCCGCCUUUGUCGGUACAUGAGAAACUCUCAACUUAAGCGAAAGUAAAUCUUUUGUGAUUUUUCUUUUACUCUGCAAUUUUAGACUAUUGUUUAAAUAUGUGCUCUCUUGUAAAGCGGCUAUAAUUUUAUAUUUGAACUAAUUUUAUAAAUUGUAAACUAUACCUUAGUCGAUGCGGCCGACCCGAGUCCGAUUACAUUUUAUAAGUGCGCUGUGCGUGUAUGUGUGAAUUUCAGCUGCCUUUUGCGACUUCACAAAAGUAUUAAUGACUUAAUUAUAUCACUAGAACUAGGUACUUGUUUCAACUAGAAGUCAAAGGUGUAUAUAUUUGCUUCAACAUUCCGACAAACGUAUUACACAUUCCGUUAGAGUAUUCAACAUGAAGCUUGCAAAAGGCGGCAAUUUUAGCGCCUCCUAUUUUGUAAAAAGCUGGUAUGUUAUACUUUGAGUACAAAUGGUAUAUUGUAUUUCUUCAUGCAAAUACGUAUUAUACAUUUGUCAUCAAAACGUUCGGAGUAAAUAAUUUCAAAUGCCUUGUAUAUCAAUUUGUACAUUCAUUAUCAUAUCAUAGGCCGAGCAACACUGCCAUCUCGUGCCAUUAUCAUAAAUAAACAGCGUUUGAGUCCCUGUAUAUAGUGCGCCCAACCAGCUUCUCCACGUUGUGUCUAUCCGUACGUAAUUGUUAGAAUUGAAAGAGUAGAUAGACGAGAGACCAAGUGCGCAAACGCACAUUUAAUUACCUAAUUAACUCUAUUCAUUAAUUCUCUUCCGUGUCGCUUUUAGAACAUCUACUGGUUGGGCGAACAAGCGGGUUAAUGCGUUUUUACUUCUACCCGCAUCCUUCGGGGUAUAUGAAGUGGUCCGCAAUUCUUUCCAACUCUACUACUUUCUUGUCCAUCCAAUUUAAAAAUCUUGAAGGAAGCUUCAAAAUCUGCUAAAACGUCCUUCCGAGUACCGUAAAUAGGGUUCCUAUGUAAAAGCGUUACGGACCAUGACACCCCAAACUUUGUUAAGCGAAUUUAACUUUAUUCUAUAAUAAAAUUUCAUCCUUCAGUGUUAAAAUUAACCUACUAUGGCAAAUAUUAAACUAAGCACAAUAAGUAUGUAAUAACGGUUAUGAUGUAUAGUUAGGGUAGUCACAAAAUUAUAAAAAGAUAUUCAUUAUCAUCAGAGAGGUUUUGAUGUAAAUAAUGAUUUUUUUAUUUCAUUCGUAGAGAUGUGUUUAUAAUUGUUUCUUUUUCGCGCAUUCGAUGGCGAUGGCGACAGCGGCAACACCAUUUUGCGUCUGGAAGCUUUUUGUUGUAUUACGGUUUGCUCUUAAUGCAAUGUAUGUCUCGUUAUUAAUACUAAGCACGUGGCGUGUAUCAUGAAGUGAAUAAUAACGCAUAUAACAUAAUUUAAUUGCAUAAUAUCAUCUCUUCCUCAUCGAAACCUCACCACUUAAUGUCACCUAACAUAUCUCAUCCAAACUUAUAUCAAAUUGCUUUUUAUAUAACGAUAAAUUUGGAACUUGGAAUAGGAUGGAUAAAAUUGUUAGCAGUUACAAUAAUAAAUGUUAAUUGUUGAGUACAUCAGACGUUGUACGAAGAAGAUUUCGUCUGCAGUUGAGAUUUUAACGAUGUAAGCAAUUCAUUAGCCAGUUUCAUCAACCACUUAAGUCGGAACCCUUCACAUGCCAUAUGUGCUUCCGAAAUUACCCCAUGAGGGCUGUUAAAUGAAUGUUAAUGGCUUGCUUACAUUUUAAAAUGUAUAGAAAAACUAGUCUAAGUAGUUCAUGUUACUUUCUUAAGUUGAUACUGAUUUAUUUAUGUCACGCUGUUGUAAAAACAUGUUAAGAACGAUGUAUGAAAGUGUGAAAAGAAAGUGAUACAAAAACAA